UCGGCGGCGGCGGCGGAGGAGCCUCUGGAGGCGGACUGGGUGGCCGUGCGGCCGCACGCCUUCGAGGAGCCCGAGAAGAACAAGUUCGUCUUCAUCGUGGCCUGGAACGAGGUGGAGGGCAAGUUCGCCAUCACCUGCCACAACCGGACGGCCCAGCGGAGGAGGAGGAAGGGGAGGACGGCGGCGGCGGAGCAGGAGCAGGAGGAAUUGGAGGAGGAGAUGGAGGAGGAGGAGGAGGAGGAGGGGGAGUGCAGCAGCUGGGCCGGGCUGUUCUCGUUCCAGGACCUGCGUGCGGUGCACGGGCAGCUGUGCGCCGUGUCGUCGGGGCUGGGCCCGUGGCUGCCCGCCUUCCCCGAGGAGCCGUCGGGGCUGUGGGGCCUGCUGGGCGGCUGGGCCCGGGGCCCGGGCCCGGAGCCGGGGCCCCAGCUGGACGCCCUCUGCCGCCGCCUCCAGCUCUACCUGGGCCACGGCCUGGACGCCUGCGGCUGGAAGAUCCUGUCGCAGGUGCUGUUCGCCGAGCCCGACGACCCCGACGACUACUACGACAGCCUCAGCCAGCUGCGCCACGACGGCUACCGCCAGGGCCUCAGCCGGGCCAGGGACCGCAUCCACCAGCUAUUGGAACAACACAAGAACACCGAGAGCAUGGUGGAACUUCUCGACUUGUAUCAGCUGGAAGACGAGGCCUACGGCAGUCUGGCCGAAGCCACGACCGAGCUUUACCAGUACUUACUGCAGCCGUUCCGAGACAUGCGGGAACUUGCUAUGCUCAGAAGACAGCAGAUUAAGAUAUCCAUGGAAAAUGACUACUUGGGUCCCCGAAGGAUUGAAAGUCUCCGAAAGGAAGAUGCCGACUGGCAACGCAAGGCCCACCUAGCUGUGUUGUCCAUUCAAGAUCUCACAGUCAAGUAUUUUGAAAUAACUGCCAAGGCUCAAAAAGCUGUUUACGAUCGGAUGAGAGCAGAUCAGAAAAAGUUUGGCAAGGCAGCGUGGGCGGCCGCAGCAGAACGUAUGGAAAAGCUCCAGUAUGCGGUUUCUAAGGAGACUCUGCAGAUGAUGAGAGCUAAGGAAAUCUGCUUAGAACAGAAGAAACAUGCACUCAAAGAAGAGAUGCAGAGUUUGCAAGGCGGCUCAGAAGCCCUGGCCGUGCUGGAUCAGUUGGAAGCUGACUAUUAUGACCUACAGCUUCAGUUGUACGAAGUCCAGUUUGAGAUCCUGAAGUGUGAGGAGCUCUUGCUGACGGCGCAACUCGAAAGCAUCAAAAGACUCGUGUCAGAGAAGAGAGAUGAAGUGGUGUACUAUGAUACCUAUGAAAGCAUGGAAGCAAUGCUCGAGAAGGAGGAGAUGGCAGCAUCCAUACUUCUCCAAAGAGAAGAACUGCAGAAACUCCAGCAGAAAGCCCGCCAGCUGGAAGCGAGACGCGGACGGGUUUCAGCCAAGAAAGCCUACCUCAGGAACAAAAAGGAGAUCUGUAUCGCAAAGCACAGUGAGAAAAUCCAGCAGCGCCUUCAAGGAGAAAGUGAACACAGGACACAUCACGCCGUGCAAUUAAAGCGAGAACUACUCCAAGAUGAAGAAGAAAGAAAGAGCACGUGGGUUAGCCAGGAAAGGCAGAAGACACUGGACAGGCUGCGCACGUUUAAACAGCGGUACCCUGGGCAGGUAAUACUGAAGUCCACCAGGCUGCGCCUUGCUCACGCGAGACGAAAAAGCGGCACCAGCCCGAUGCCCUGUGAGGACCAGCCCCUGCCUUCGUCGGCCACCCCCCAGAGCCAAGAAGAGGCCCGAGAGGUGGACCAGGGGAGGAAAGUGGUCCCGCCGCUCCAGACCCAGGAGUCCCAGAGACUGGCACAGCUCGAAGAGCCCGGAGUAGCCCAACCCGAAGACUGUCCGUUACCUCUCGUGGACGUUACCUCCGAACUGGCGCACGCCACAUCCCUCCCUGUCCUCCCCAGCAGCGAGGGCGAACCGGGCCCCGUGGCUGCGGUUUCGCUCCCGCCCCCUCUGCCCCCGACACCGCCCCCGCCGCCUCCGCCGCCCCCACCUCCACCCCCGCCUCUGCCCACGAAGGAGGACGGCGCAGAGCCGCUGGACAGGGAGGCCGACGGGCUGACCGGAUCGGAGGGGGAGGAGAAGAGGAUCCCCAAGUCUGUCGGUGCCCCUUCGGCUCAUCUGUUGGACAGCAGUCAGCUGGUCAGUGCCAGGAAGAAGCUCAAGAAGACGGCAGAAGAUCUGCAGAGGAGGAGAGUGAGUUCCCCCAUGGAUGAGGUGUUGGCUUCCCUGAAGCGAGGCAGCUUUCACCUGAGAAAGGUGGAGCAGAGGACACUGGCUCCUUUUCCCAACGAAGACGACAGCAACAAUAUCCUGGCCCAGAUCCGGAAAGGGGUGAAGCUGAAGAAGGUGCAGAAGGACGCCCUGAGAGAAUCCUUCACCCUCCUGCCCGACACGGACCCCCUCACCCGCAGCAUCCACGAAGCGCUUCGAAGGAUCAAGGAGGCGUCACCCGAGUCGGAAGACGAAGACGACAGUUUGCCUUGCACCGACUGGGAAAACUAAAGGGCGAUCGCACAGCCACCGAAAGGAGGGAGAGCCAGCCCACCCGCCCUGGAGACCAACCUCCGGGGUCCCUCCGGGAGAAGCCGUGAGCAGCUCGAGCGCGGAAUGGGGCUGCCGGCACGGCCAGCGGAGCGGAUUUCGGGGGUGAGAAAAGCAAGCGUUACUUGCCCGUCAACCUUCGUUGUUUGGUCCCUUCCACCCGAUCGAGGCUGAACCAGUUUACAUGUGCAAUGUCCCCGUAACCCGCCUGGGCUGGGCGAGGCCCUGGCGCCCCUCGCCCCAGAUUUUUAAAGCACUUUUCCCAUCUCCGUCCACCUAGAGGGGCCGGGUCGGCCGGGGGCCGUGGAAGUUGGCGGCCCGCAGGCCCCGCUGUGGGACCCGCCCCGCCCUACGUGCACUGAAAACCAAAAUAGCUUCUUUCAGACGGGCUCCCUUUCGACCGCCCAGAAAGACACGGGCUUUGUCUCCCCGGGCCUCGGGGAGCGAGACAUUCCGACGGACGGACACGCGCCGGGGGAACCCGCGUCCACCGGGGACCAGGAACACCAUCGAACGAUCCCGGGGACGCAGAGACGGAUGCUUUUGCGUGCGGCGACGGCCCCUUCGUCCAAGGCCGGACAUCACAUCACCUGACAUUUUUGUAUGCUUUCGAAGCACACCUCUCCAUUCCCCUUCAACAGCCCUUCAGCAUUCUGCGUUUCUAGCCGUUGGAAACUUGUGUGCAGCUCUCUUAUACGAAGCAAUACUUUGUAAUUUGAUCAUACCUAAGAUUAUUCUUUGUCCUUUAGUUUGAUCUGCUCCUCCUUCCUCGAUCACUGCAACUUCUGACUUUCCUAUUCGGAAUGGAAGAGGGGAAUUUCUGUUUGGGAAUUGUAUUCACGCAGUAGUUAGCGGGUUUCUUUUCUUUCUGGGCCCACCAGUGACCCUCUAAAGUAGACCUACAUCGCCGGCCUCGUUCCCCAGAAUUCGGGGAUAAGGAAAUCCUUUCUAUCUGUACGGUGUUCUGUGGCCCCCGUCAAAAUCAUUUUCACUGACCGACCGUUGACUGCAGGCAGCUAGUCUUGCUUUUUACCCGCGUGCAGCUAAGGUAGCCCACGGAAGGAAGUGCCCUCCCCUUCCCUUCCAAAAAGAAUUGGAACUCAGACCCUCUUCUUUCCAUUGUCAGGUUUUAUUAGUGGUUAUUCCCCGUAGAUUCCCCUACCCUCCUCCUGGCAGGGAAACCAUUUGUUGUCGUAAAAGAGUCGGUUUACAGAGGCUUAAGCCGAGAUGUUUGCGUGGCGGGCACCGGGAUCGUGGCUGGCUCCGUAACGAAGCGCACGCCGGAUGAUUCCGGAGUAAAUUGGAAGCCUGUUGCUUUCCAAAGGCAGGGCUCCCGCUGCCGUCGACGAUGGCAGUCGUCAGGUUGUGCCUCCCUUUCAGAAGUGGUGGCAAUGAGCGCGCGCCCCCGUCCCUCUCCCGUCCCCGUUUCUCCCCGCCGGUCCGGAGGGAGCCCGUCACGGAUGGCGUCUUUCCCAGGUGGCACCAGUUGAUUUCAGAGAGUUUUAGUUUCUCCACUAGGAGUAAUAUUCACCUUGAGAAUAUACAUUCUGACCCUGUAACUCCCAUCUUUUUCUAGGGUCUGAAAAGCCCAGUUUGGGAAACUGGGCACUAUAAAGCGUGAUUUUAAUUCUCAUUUUGAUUUGAUAAAUAUAGUAACUUUUUACCACACCCCCCCCACACACAAAUCCCCAAUUUAGCUGAUCUGUAACCCUUUAGGAUAAAUCACAGUGGGAAUUUUAGGGUUCUAAAAUGACAUCAAUAGCACAAGAUGACCAGGAGUUAAUAAUAACGGCAUCUGUUAAGCGCUUACUGUUGUGCAAAGCACUGUUCGAAGCGCUGGAGUUAAUUUUAUAGGACUGAGUGAGAAUGUUGAUUUUUGUGCUAAUCAAGUGUAAAUGUAUAACUUGAUUUUGAGCCUGCAAAAUAAUUUAUACUAAUUCUGCCCCCCCUCCCUCCCAAGCUCUCUCAGCGGGGUGUCCUGAAUUGGUAUGUACAGUUGGCGCUGGAGCGGCAAGAGGCUAGGGUACCUACGUGUUACUAAACUACAAAGGUUGCCAUGUGUGUUUCUGAUCAUUACACUUCUCUGCAUGAUUAAACAGGCUUUGCCGCUGCCGGUUUAACAUUUUUCCGUAGCAGGAUCUCUGGCUCCUGAGGGCCAAACUGCCCUGAGUUAAAUAGGAAACCAAACGCCUGAGGCCUUGGGCGGGACGAAGGGCCUCGUUCGCCCUUGGCUCGUCCUUGCCUAGCUCGGAUCCGCGCGGCCGAGAUGACCACGGCCACCGGCAAGGAAAAAAAACAGCCGAGUAGGAGACGGGAGUAAAUGCCACCUUUUAAAAUCAGAAACGGGACCGGCUCUCUGGGGUACGUUCCCUUAAAAAUGCAUUUUCAGAGCGUUCUUAUUUUGUGUCUUCUGUGGCGUGAUGUUUUAACUCGGCAAAGGGGAUUUUUUUAAAAGAAAAAAAGGCAACUGUUGGGAAGUCUUAAUCUUUUCUCUCAGUGCACUUGACGUCAAAUGACCUUCCUGUAAAGUCCUGACGGUGCCCUUAAAACAGCACCAUCAGGGAAUUGGGGUUUAAUGUGUUUCAUCUGAUUCUUGAAGGUAAUCAUUCUGUCUCUGAGCCUUGUCCCACUGGGGCGGGAGCACUUGGAUAAAUGUAAACAGUCGACGAGGAGAAGCAGAAGCAAACCAGUCGUUGCUGCUCUCCUCUGUUCUAUUUGUUACACUGAGUUUUCAGAGAAUAAUAAUAAUAAUGUUAGCAUUUGUUAAGCGCUUACUAUGUGCAAAGCACUGUUCUAAGCGCUGGGGGGGAUACAAAGUGAAGUGUAAGUUCGGGCCUCCUGUAUUCUAAGCACACUGUUUUCUCAGCACUUCAUUCAAUCGUAUUUGAGCGCUUACUGCGUGCAGAGCACUGUACUAAGCACUUAGAUGGUUUACUUGUGCUAUUUUUGUUUAAAAAAACAAAACAAAACAACAAAAAACCAACCCCAAUCCCGUCCUUAUGGAAUAGAUGUGUCGCAAGCAAGCAGGAGAGGGGCUCAAAGCCCACUCACUGAGCACUGGCCGAGUUAAAACACACCGGCGUAUUGGGUGACCCCCCCCCCUAAUUAAAAAUCUACAAAAUGAGUUUCUAAGUGCCGUGCUUAAAAUCCACUUAGGUAAAUGGUGGAUUUUUAAGGGGUUGCGGGGAGGUAUAUCUACCAAUUCUUGACGGCGGGCUGCGUCCGUAAGGUGUUGAUUUCCUUUGCUUUGGCCCUUGGGUGAUUUUUUUUGGGCCCCGCUUCCCGACUGUCUCGUCUUUCGAUCGAGAAUACUUCUUCUCACGAGGCCUGAGGAAGAGGAAAAAGUUAGGGAGCACUGGCUUCUGUCAGACCCAGCAGCAGGUACCGUGGGAGCUUGGGGGGGCUGAGGCUGGACCGCUCGCGUCGAAAAUUCGCCCGGUUUGCUUUCUUUUACUCACAACGGGAGGAUUUCCCUCCCCACCCUUCAUACGCGCAACAAGUCACCCCUCCUCUUGAGCGGCAGGAUGUCAGCCUCCUGGCCCAGGGGAUUUCUCACUGGACUGAAGUGUGAAACCCCAAUUUGCAGUUGGGGAGGAAGAGCUAGCGGGCUCAGCUCCCUUGGCGUGACUUAAGUCCGUCCGUCCGGGUAAUGAAAAGGACCUGCUUUCAGCCUGCCUGGAUGCAUUACUGGCAAACUGAUUCACCAUUCACUAGCUUUGUGCAAUAUUAUAAGAGUAGAGACAGAACACUAGCACAUCGGGCUGGGCUUUAAUACGAAAGUUCUUGGACACAGUUAUACUGAAGAGGACAUUUUAAAUGCACACACCAUAUUUGUAAAUGUCAAGUCUUGCAAAUUUACGAUACCUAAUACUGCUCAAUUAACAUUCUAAAGUAUUAAAGCAACAAAGUAUAAAAGACUUAAGCAAGCAUUUAAAGCAAUACUACGAACUCUACGAUAAAUUGUUUUGACUGUUUUGCCUUCCUGCUGCUUUUUCUUUAGUGCGACUUUUCUGCAAUGUGAUUUAUCGGACCGCUUCAGUUUUUUUUUCCAUGUUUUUUACUCUCGUGACUUCAGAGUGGAAACUUACACGCCACCAAGGACCGCCACCACCUUUCUUCUGUAUAUGCAGUGUAACAACAUACUCACAGUUUUGGUGCUUAACGAUUACUCCUUUGGUUUUUGUUUUUUUCUUUAAUAAAAGAUAUUUAUUUGAA